UUAACAAAAUGGCAAGAUGUUUAUUAAGCUGACUAAAUACAUGUAAGAUUGUUUUUUUGCUACAUAUUGAUAUUAUAAAAUGAGUCGACAACUGGUAUACAUUCUAUUGUGAGAAUGAUGGUUGGGAUAAGAGAGAUAAUGAUACGUUGGUGAAAGACUUGAGGGAACAGAAUGGAAUACUUCAAGACGAAAUAGACAGACUGAACAAAAUGAUUACGGACCAAAGUGAAAUGAUAGGAAAACAGCUAAAAAAAGAUAUAGAAAUACAAGCAAAAGGAAAGUUUGAUAACGCUGGUGAGAUUGUUCAGCCAACAGCUCUAUCUCAUAACGUUAGAGAAAUAUUUGAUAACGAAUGGAGGAACGUGAUGACAACUUAUUUCCGUGGAGACAAAGAACUGGAAGGCAUACGAAUUCUUUCCAAACUACUGCAGGACUGUCAGUUAUUUUGUCAAGAAAAGGCGAGAGAACAACUCGUGGACUUUGUAAACCCUUUCUCCGAAAACAAGCAGUGUGAUGUUGAAGAAGUUAUACGAUCAAAAGAAGAACAACAUAAUCUGUACAAACUACGGCGUAUCAUUGGUCUGCAUGACAGAAAUAAACCUAAUGUUACAAAACUGUUUGCUAAGGAAUGUAGAGAAAAAGAACAAUACCGUUACAUCAAAGAUUUUUUGACAAUGAAACAAGAGAAGUACAUGACGAUGGAAAAUGCCUAGAAACCAGACAGGAGGUUAUUGAAAAUGGGGAAUGCUUA